CUAAUUAAUGUCUUAACUUGCUUCUAUUGGUAUUGACUUUGGUAGUUAGAGAUCUGUUAUUGCCGCAGCAUUAAAAGGCGGUGUAAAGAUUCUAGACAAUGAAGGAUCACAUAGAGAAACAUAAAAUGUUAUAGGAUUUACAGUUGAAGAAAGAUUCAUAGGUGAAUAAGGAGCUUUACAACAAAAGUCUAACUUCAAGAAUUCUGUAGCAUUUUUUAACAGAUUCUUGGGAUUAUAUGGUGAACCUUCAUUUAGAGCAGAAGAGACCAAAUGGUUGACUGUUCCUACAUCAAUAAAUGAUUCUGGAAAAACUUUAUUUGAGGUUAAUUACUUAGGUUAGAAGACUACAUUUACUCCAGAAUAAUUGACAGGUUCAAUGUUAAACAAAUUAAAGCAAGUAAUUGCUCAUAAUGACAUCAAUGUUUAAGCAAGUAAUAUUUGUAUUAGUGUACCUGCAUAUUAUACAGAAUCAGAGAGAAAGGCAUUAAUUGAUGCCUGUAAAAUUGCUGAUAUUCCAUUAGAGAGAUUGCUUAAUGAAACAACAGCUAUUGCAAUUAAUUAUGGUUUAUUUAGAAAAUCAGAUUUAGAUGCUGAAAAACCAAGACAUGUGGCAUUUGUUGAUUUUGGACAUUCUAAAUUUUCAGCAUUUGUAGGUUCAUUCUAUAAGGAAAAGGCUUAGGUUGUAGCUUAAGUAAAUGAAAGAAAUCUAGGUGCAAGAAAUAUUGAUUGGCUUUUAUUUGAAAAAUUUGCCACAUAAUUUGAAAAAUAAUCAGGUGGUUUAAAUGUUAGAAAAAAUCUUAAAGGAAAAUUAAGAUUAUUAGAAUCAAUUGAAAAAGCUAGAAAAAUCUUAUCUGCUAAUUCAGAAGCUCCAAUAAAUGUAGAAUAUUUAGUGGAAGAUGAAGAUUUCAAUACUUUAAUAAAAAGAGAAGAAUUUGAAUAAAUGAUCUAACCAAUUUUAAAUUAGAUUCAAUAACAAUUAGAAUUUUUGUUUAAUUAAGUUUCAAAUUUGAAAUUGCAAUUACAUUCUGUAGAAAUAGUUGGAGGAACAACAAGAAUUCCAGCAGUUUAAAGAUUAAUUGAAAAGAUUUUCAAAGUAGAAUAAGUAUCUAGAACUUUGAAUGCAAGUGAAUCAAUAUCUAGAGGUUGUGCAAUGAUGGCAGCAAUGAAGAGUCCAAAUUUUAAAGUCACAGAAUACAAAAUUGAAGAUUGUAAUUAUUAUCCAAUUAGAGUUGGUUGGCUUUAUGGUUAAUAAUUAUCAUAAUAAGACUAAAGUUAAGGUUUAGUUAGAUGUUUCCCUGAAAAAUAAUGCAAGGUUCUUUUUGAUUAAAAUAAUGCAAUUCCUUCAAUUAAAAGUUUUUCACUUUUAAAAACUGAACCAAUAGAAAUUACACUAUUCUAUGAUCCUGUACCAGAAGGAUUCUAAGCUGUUUUAUGUAUUAAAAAAAAUCUAUUAUUUAGAAUAAAUUCGUGUUCCUCCUUAAAAUCCAAAACAUCAAGAUCAUUCAACAAAGAUCAAAAUAUUAUUAAAUCAUAAUGGUUUAUUAUAAUUAGAAGAAAUAGUAUUAUAAGAAGAAUUCAUGGAAGAAGUGAAAGUUCCAGUAUAAAUAUUAAAAUAUUAUAAAAUAGAUUGAAAAACCAAAAUAAGCAGAUCCACCAAAACCAGCAGAACCACCUAAACCAGCAGCUGAUGCCCAAUAAUAAUAACCAUAAGCUGGUGAAGCAUAAUAAUAACCUGUUCCAGAAGUUCCAUAAUAAGAAUAACCUAAACCAGAAGAACCAUAAUUUGAAAUCAAAUAAAAAAAGAAAACCAUUUAAACUUAAAUUAAUUGUGAUACCACAUCUUUGAAUAGUUUAACUAAAAAAGAUAUUGAUCAAUUAUUCCAAUAAGAAUGUGAAAUGUAAAAUCAAGAUAAAUUGGUUCAUGAAACACAUUUCAAGAAAAAUUAACUAGAAGCUUACAUUUAUGCUUGGAGAGAGAAUGUUAAUGGAAAAUAUGCAUAACAUAUUAGACCAGAACUUAAAACUUAAAUUUUAAAGGAUUUAGAAGUUUAAUAUGAAUGGCUCUAUAGUGAUGGUCAAAAGACUACAAAGAGAGAAUAUUCUGAUAGAUAUGAUAAACUUGUUUAAUUAUGUGGUCCAGUUGUCACUAUUGCUGAUGAUUUUAGAUUAGUACCUGAAGCUAUUCAAUAAGUUUUAUAAUACACAGCCAAUUAUGAAGGUUUUGUUACUUCAUAAGUAAUCAAUUAUUUAAUUUUAUAGGAAUAAUAAUAUGCACAUAUCUCUCCUGAAGAAAGAUAAGUUGUUGCAAAUGAAGUUAAUGAUUUUAAAUUAUGGUGUAAUUAAGUUUUAGAUGCUUUAAGUAAAGCAGAUAAAACAGUCAGAUUCACAACUUAAGUUUAAUAAGUUCAUGCUAAAUUCAAUGAAUUUAAAGAUGUAAAUAUAUUCCAUUUACAUUUUAGAAAUGUUAACCAAUUGUAACCAAACCUAAACCUGAACCACCUAAAGAAGAAAAGAAAUCUGAAGAACCUCAACCUCAACCCCAAGAAUAACAAUAAGAAUAAAAAGAGGCCAAUAAUAAUAAUAACAAAAUGGAAACAGAAUGAUUUAUUAUUUAUUGUUAUUGUUGUUAAUAAG